CCCCUUUUAUUGUUUGGAAAAAGUCAGUUUGUUUAUUCACCCAAAUAAGUGGGCUUGCCUACUACAAUGGAAGAACGUAACAUAUUGCUAAAACAGCAGCAAACUAUUGAAACGACAUUAACAUCAUUCCCAAUUUAUUUAUAUAUCCAUUGAUUUCUUUUUCCUGGAAAAAAAAUUACUAUGGGAAUAUUUCAAAAUUCAUAACCCAUAUUAAUAACCCAAUUCUUUCAAUUCAAGGCCCAUCAUCUCUCAUGUCUUCCGCUCUCUCUCUCUCUGUCUGCCUUACCUCAUUGAGUCAUUGUUCAACCAAUGUCAACAAAACAAUAAUAAACGAAGACUCGGUUUGGGUUUCUCUUUCUCCCGAAGUCCGACCCGUUUGACUUCAUUUUCUCGGAGGGGUGUUUUCAUUUUCAGCUAGGAAAAAGAAAAAUGAGGAAUCUUAUUCUCAAACGAUUCAUCCAAACAACUGCAUCGUCUUUGGAAAGCCCUCAAUUUUCUUAUGGACUUAAUUGGGGUCUGGCUGGAAAAGGUGUCAUUGUGAAGGAUAAAGCUUUCCAAAACUUGAAGUCUUCUGAAUUGCAAAAAAAAGGUGCAACCGUUACGGAAUCCUUGUCAGGGCUUCCAGUUCAUGUUAGAGGAACUCUUAGGAGAGCUUCAGCAAUUUCAAAGGCACAAUAUAGUAGACUUUUGAAGCAGGUGACAGCUCACCUAUCAUCUAUCUCAAAUAUUUUUGUACAUGAUGGGGCUAUUGGUUCAUCACCAAAAUCUGAUGCUAAAGUUCGUGUGAUUAGUGACAGUCCUUCUGCUGUAUUGAGACUUUCUAAUGUUCUUUGGGAGACUUCUACUCGUGCUGUUUCCCAUGAUUCUUGUCCUUUAACAAUUUACGCCGCUACAUCAAUAAGUGCGGCUGUUGAGGAUGUCAUUGGGCUUGGAGCUCAAGGAAAUAAUGGAUUUAUAGCAGCUGAUGUUGAGCGUUCUUCACUUAUUUUAUGUGGUAAAGCAUUUUCUGAUAUAAAUGGAACUAAAGAAGCUUUAGCUACCUUAUCUGAGCCAGUUAUAUCUGCACGAGGAGGCCUUCCUUUAUCUGCUAGGCUCUUAGUAUCUGGUGAUUCUGUGGUUCUUAUUUUUGCCCCUGAGAAUGUCAUUCGGAGUUUUGCAGAUCUGUUGGUGUCUGCAGAUGCAGGUGUAGUUCUUUCCCACGAAGGUGUUUUGCCUUUGUUUAAAACCAAAAUGUCCAGUGGCGAAAAUCUAUACAAGAUGCCAUCCGCUGUUAUCCUUGCAACAUCUGAUAGUUCUGGAAGCAUCCCUACUGUAUCAAAGCUCUCUCCUGGCCAAGCAGCUUAUCACUUUUUGGCUGGCUAUCAAAAUGGGGAGUUUGUGCCUGGUUAUGCUAACGGUCCUUCCUGUAUUGACGCAUUGGAUCUUGCUAAGGCUCUUCACUCCAAGUUGAAAGAGCACCAGAUACCAACCUUCCUUGUUAAUGUCGGUGAAGAAGGAAAGAGUGUUGCAGGCAAAGAUAUUCUGAAGAUGGUUGGAUUAGAAAACAUUGCACCAUUUGAACUUAAAAGAGGUGGAGAUCUUAAAGGGAAAUAUAGUGGCUUCUUGUCAGGCAAAUUUCAAGAAAUACCUGAAGAAUUCUCAUUCUAGAGCCAAAUCCCUUUGUCAUUAUAGAUGUUUUUGUCCCAACUUGCAAUUGUAACGUCUUCAGAAACAGAAAAACACUCCAGACUUGUCCCAAAUAGCGUCUGGUGUGAAGUACCAGACAAUGAAAGACAGAUCCAUUUGUAUAGUUUUCAUGUUUUGGCUCCAAAACUCAAAUCCGCUUAAUUUUGUAUCGUGUUAAGGGGUCGAUGUCGAAAAUUGUUAGAUCCAUUGUUGAGAAAGCCGCCCUUGGUUUCUUUAAGCCAAAACUGCAAAAAGUCAAAGCAGCAGCUGCACCUUAAUGCAUCAUUAAUUCACAAUUAUUGUAUGACUCUGGAACUAGUAUUAGCAACACUAUCCAGUAGCCAACCUACAGUUUGAACCAUAAAAAUUUUAAGUUCAAACCACUUUGAGUAGUCCACUUGAACUAAAUGAUGUAAGACAUUUAUCCAUUUUAUGUUAAACAUCCUAGACCUUGUGCUUGGAAAUUUCAAAACGAUAGAAAGUUCAUAGCCAAGGCCACUUGCUUCCCAACUCAACCAUUUGUCUCCAAACUUUUGUAU